AGGCGCACUAACCGCGGGAGUGGGUGGGCCGGAUGCUCUUCUCUACUUCCGGGCUGUCAACGUCCCCGGACCCGGGUCGCGGUCGCCGGUGACCCCUUCCCCAGCCCCAGGGGCGGGUGGCAGACAUGGAGAACGGUAAAUGUGGUGAGCAGGGCAUGAAGGAGGCGUCUCCCUUGGCCCUGGUGGAAGCUGAGAGCGUGGUUCCCCAGGAGGAGCAGGGCCAGCUUCUGUACCACGAGGAGACCAUUGAUCUCGGUGGAGAUGAGUUCGGGUCCGAGGAGAAUGAGACAAUAUCCGAAGACUCGAACAACUUCGCCGAUAAGCUCAGUGAGCACCUGAUGGAGAGUGUGCUUAUCUCGGACUCGCCCAACAACAGCGAAGACGAUGGCGGUGAGCUUGGCUGCUUGCGGGAUGUGGUGGAGCCCCUAGAAGGCACCACUGAUCACGGACUGGACGGUGUCACAGAUAAGGAAGAGAUGGACACUCUGAGUCCUGACAGUGACACUGAUGGAGACGGAGACGACACCCCUCGAGACGCAUCAGACGCCACUCCCGACAGCAGAGCAUCUUUGAGAGAAGAUUCCACCCAAGAGGAAGCCACGGGGCAGCCUGCGUUGGAGGACAGCAACCUACAGGACUUGGUGCCCGGGGAGGAGAAGGCUCACCUGGAAGAGCAGGUGUCGGAAGUGUCUUCCGGUUCGGGCCAGUCUCCCAAAGACGAGCCGGUGCCUGUGUGCACCAUCUUCAGCCAGGCGAACCCGGCUGGCUCCCAGCCCCACCUGUUCCUGCAGGACGGCUUUGAGUCUCAGAUGGUGAAAUCACCAAGCUUCAGCAGUGCCAGCGAGGCAUCUGCCAAGACCCCUCCUCAGGUGGUCCAGCCCAGCCCCAGCCUGAGUAAAUUUUUUGGAGAUACGAUCAGCACAAAUUCUCUGGCCUCUGACUUCUUCGAUUCCUUCACCACUUCUACCUUCAUUUCUGUUAGUAACCCCAACGCAGGCGCCUCGGUCCCAGAAGAGUUGUCUUCUCUCACCACACCGCUGGGAGACAGAUCCCCCGAUUCUGCCACUUCAUCUUACUCUGCAGGAAUGGAAAGAUCAGAAUUGGGGCUUUCUACGGCUUCCCUGGAAAUCCCCGAGUCCCCGAAACCGUUUGCACAGAUCCAGGCUGUCUUUGGAGGGAGGGAUGACCCCUUUGCCACGGCCUUGAGCAUGAGCGAAAUGGACCGCAGGAGUGAUGCCUGGCUCCCCAGCCCGGGGACCAGCAGCGUCCUGAUCUCCCUAGCAGCCCAGCAGUACAGCACUGUGUUCGUGGACAAGGACAACCUCACCAUGCCAGGCCUCAAGUUCGACAACAUUCAGGGAGACGCCGUGAAAGACCUGAUGCUCCGCUUCUUGGGCGAGAAGGCUGCUGCCAAGAGGCAGGUGCUGACCGCCGGCUCGGUGGAGCAGUCCUUCGUGGGCCUGAGGCAGCUCAUCAACUGCAGGAACUGGAGGGCCGCUGUCGACCUGUGCGGACGCCUCCUCACUGCCCACGGCCAGGGCUACGGCAAGAGCGGGCUGCCCACCAGCCACACGACAGACUCGCUGCAGCUUUGGUUUGUCCGGCUGGCACUGCUGGUGAAGCUGGGGCUCUUCCAGAACGCCGAGAUGGAAUUCGAGCCCUUCGGGAAUCUGGACCAGCCAGACCUGUACUACGAGUACUACCCGCACGUGUACCCUGGGCGCAGGGGCUCCAUGGUGCCUUUCUCCAUGCGCAUCCUGCACGCAGAGCUGCAGCAGUACCUGGGCAGCCCUCAGGAGUCGCUGGACAGACUGCACCGGGUCAAGACUGUCUGCAGCCAGGGGACCAGGCCAGCAGCAGCUACACCACAGCAGAGCAGCUGUCGCCAUGGGGACUUUGGAGGAGACUGGGACUGAGAGGCCUCGCUGUGUGCACCCGGCAGCCCGGUGUCUGGGCACCUGCACUGGGACCAGCACACGCACAGCACCCCAAGGGCUGAGGGAAGGGGUGCAGGGUGACCACAGCAGCCCUCGGGAGCGUCGGCAAAUCAGAAUUUCUUAAAAAGUGGGUCACGUUUUCCAGCCGGUGUGGCUGUGCCCAGCGUAGUUGUGAGUCCACCUUCAGGCCCUACUGCUUGCAGCCUGGUCCCACCCCAGGUGCUGUACGGGAAGUGCUGUCCUAGCCAGGCCAGGGGCCCUGGGUGCCGCGGCCUCCCCUCCAUCUGGCCCUGCACUUAGUGCCCAACUCCCACAGACUGCGAGUAGCACCUGUUGCAUGCACCCACAGUGGUGCAGCCAGCGAGGGGCCGGGCGUGCGGGCCCCUCUUCUCAGCCUCCUGCAGUGGGGCCCGGUUAGGACCGAGGAGCUGCGUGGGUGCCGUGCAGAGCAAGGCUGGGAUCCUCUGAACAGCAAGGGCCCCCGGCUGUGUGGCAGUGGGGCUGGUCACGUGUGCAGCCUGAGCGGCAUGUUCCUUCCAAGCUUCCACUUGCUCCUUGGACUGAACACCAGCAGGCUCCUACUCUGAGGGCUUCCUUUCCGCCUGCCCCCUCCCCAGGUACUGGCAGCUGUCUGCAUUGUUGGGGUGCACCCCAUCCCCCAGCCCUGCCUCCCCACGCAGACUGCAUCCGGAGCCCCCUCUUCCAUCCCCCACUGUGCCUCUAUCCCUGCACCCAGACCCCCGUCCGCUUCCAAACGGCCUCUUGAGACAGAGUUGCCUCCUGGGCCCCUCCUUCAGAGACCCCAGGAAGGUGCCCUUGCAGGACCCUGGCUCCGACCUGAACACCUCCAGAGCUAUCUGUGCCCUGGGCAGCGUACUAUUCCUCACAGGAGCCUUCAGUAGAAGUGCAAGGAACCUUGGCUUAGCGGAGUGCCAGUUCCCAACUGCCACGUGACAGAUCAGUGCAAAGCCAGCAGCUUAAAACCACAGGGAUUUUUUUUCUUUAAAAAAAAAAAGCUUUUGGCCUUCACCCUCUGCCCACACCCUCAUUGCUCUUGUUCAGUGGAAAAAAAAAUUUAUUUUUAGAAUUUUUUAUUGGUAUACAUGAUAUAUAAUAAUUCGUUUGGGGGACUGGUGUGUGCGUGCGUGUGUAUGUGUGUGUGUAUGUGUGUGUGUGUGUUUAAUCGUAUCUUCAUUAUUUUUGCUCCCCUUUCUCCACAUUCUUUUCCCCCUAACCCCCCUUCCACAUUUCCAACCAUUAAACUUAAUUUGGGGACAUUAGUAUUUUUGAUAAACAUGUCUAACCGAACUGUUCACACACCCAGCCCCGGUACCUGCACACUCCCAGCCUCUAGUCAUCACCGUUUGCGUUCCCGCCACCUCUUUAAUUUCCAUGUGAGAGAGGGCACGCAGCACUUGUGCUGCUGUCCUCGGCAUAAUGUCUGCUAGUUCUAUCAGUUUGGCUGCAAAUGGCAGGAUUCCGUUCUUUAUGGCUGCAUAAUACUCCAUUUUGUGCAUACCACAUUUUCUUCCUCUAUGCAUCUUUGGGUGGGUACCUCCCCAGCCGAGGCAGCCUUUUUCCUUCUUUUUCUGGCUGCUUCUCACUGGGGUGAGAUACCAUCUCGGAGUUUUUGUUUGCAUCCCCCGUGGCUACCGAUAUUAAGCAUUGUUUCCUGUCCUCUUCGGCCAUUUGUGUUUCUUCUUUUGAGAAAUACAUACUCAGGUCAUCCGCCCAUUUUUAAUUGACUUGUUUGUCAUUCUGUCUAUUGCAUUCCCUGUAAUUCUGGAUGUUGAGCCCUGGUCAGCAGGGCACUGGGCAGAUCCCUCUCACUCUGUCGCUGUCUCUUUUUUUUUUUUUGGUACCGGGGAUCAAACUCGGGUCCUUGAGCUUGUGCAGCACGCGGCGAAACCACUGAGCUAAAUCCCCGGCCCCAGUUGCUGACUCUUUUGCUCUGAUUUCUUCCUUGGCCCUGACUUCUUCCCCUGAGCGUCCCAUCCACUAUUGUCUGCUUGUCCCAUCUCCUCCCUCCUGGGUGCCCUCCGCCAGGGAGCCGAAUGACAGCACCCGGACCCUCUUCCCCACCGUUCUUGCCUGCAAGGUCCCCGGCAGGUGGCAGAGUGGCUGGAGCAUGCCCCACGACCUGGGUGAAAGCGGCCCAGCCCGCCAGUGUCCUCCCGCCUGGGAUUCCCUGUGGAUUGUUCCUUGGCUCUCAGGAAAUGGUGACGCCGCAUGCUGCUCCACUUGGCGGGCACCUGGGCUGCACCCGCAGGUGACCAGGCUGUGCCCCGACGCAGUCGUCACAGCACUGCGUCAGCACCUUCGCUGGCUCUCCUGUCUUCGUUUUUCUCCCUAGCAAACAAUCUUUCUGCUCAAGACCUUUUCUCGUCAUCUCCCCUCAGAUAAAGGGAAGUCACCCCCAUGGCAGCGGCCCCAGCAGCCGCAGAGAAACAUGCUCUGCGUCUGGGGUGCUUUGCUUUUGAGUUUUAUUUUUCUCUUGGUUUUUUGAGAUAGGGCUCUUAGUUACUUUUCUCUCAGUGCUGAGACAAAAUGCCCAACACCCAGAGUUAAAGGCAGAAAGGUUUAUUUAGUUCACGGUU